ACAAAAAGCACUGGCAGCGCCCCGUGGCUGGCAAGUAUCUUUCCGGGGCUGCAUGAGCAACAAGAAAGCGAUGCUGGCGGUGAAGGACCAAGGUGCAUUAGUGCCUGGCUGACCGCCUCCCGAGCGAGUGUCGGGAAGGCUUGCCUGUCUCCGACACGCCGAUGGGCAGCUAGCAGGAGGCAGCCAAGGGACGAUGAUGAGGUGGUCACCCUCAAAGAAAGACAGCGGCCUGGCCUUACCACCACCACCACACCACCACCAUCAUCACCACCACCUCAUCAUCCAUCCUUCUCGGUUCCUUUGGAUCUCUGAUGAUACUGUCUGCUUCUUCUUAUCCCCCUUAUCGGGAUGAUUAUCUGCCGAAUGGAACACGGGGCGGUGCUGUAAUGGCUGGAACACCCUAUCGUCGCUUGUUCUGGGCGGGUGUGGUGUAUCGGUGGAACCUGAGAGAGGGAGCCAGUUAGGGGGCAGAGGAAGGUUGGAAAAGGUUAUCUAGUACCAGGAUUUGGGAUGGAGAUGUUGCACCAUUGGAGGUGAUGGUCUCGACAUUUGCAGAACAGUUAUCUAUCUCCAUCACUAUGCUUUAGUUCGGUUAAUCACUAGAGUAGUAUACAAUACAGACAGACAGCCAGCUACAGAUACAGACACAAUCUCGAACAAAACAACCAUAGACAACUCCAAGUAACUAUAAUGAGAC